AAAAAAAAAGAAGGAAAAAGAAAAAGAAAUGAAUGAGCAUAUUCCAUUGGCUGCAUUUGACAUUAUUUUAUCUUUUGAAACAUCAAAUACAAAAUUAAUGAACUUAUAGUUUCAUCUCCUACUCCGGUAAACCUGCCUGGACAACAUGGCAGAGGCCAUAUUAUCAAUAUUCACAGAGGCUAUAGUAUCGCAUGCGAUUCAUAGAAUUUCCUAUUUACUCCGCCACGAGGAAACUUCGUUGACCUCAGUGAAGACCGAUGUGGAGUACUUGCGAAACGAGCUACUGCGCAUUCAGUGCUUUUUGAAAACUGUCUACAUCGAGCAAGAGCAAGACGACCGCGUUCGAAACUGGGUAUCUGAAAUCAGUAACGUAGCUUGUGAGAUCGAGGAUGUUGUGGAGAUCUACAUCGUCAAAGUUGACUCUUCCUUCUUCAAAGCUUUUCAUCUCAAGAAGCUUCGCAAGCAAGUGAACUCCAUUAAAGCCAAGAUCGAAAGCAUCUUCGAAAGCAAGAAGAACUACGGAAUCGAAUUCGUUCGUAGAGACUCCGCCGCCAGGGCCAGUACUCCUGCAGCCGUUGAUCUUCGACAACGUAGCUUGAGAAGAUCAUUUCCGGAGGAGGAGGAAGACGAUAUCAUCAGCUUGGAUCACAGUAUGACAAUUUUGAAGACUCGACUGAUACUGGAAGACAAAGAUGAUCAGCUCUGUGUUGUUUCGAUCGUCGGAAUGGCAGGAUUAGGUAAGACCACUCUUGCCAAGAAAGUUUAUAACGAUGAUGAUGUGAAGAAACACUUUGAUUGUCGUGCUUGGGUUUUUGUUUCUCAUCAGUACGUGUCUAGGGAUAUCUUUUCUGAAAUUUUGAUGCAAGUUGGGUUCCCUCAGUGUCAAUAUCCAUCACAUGAUGGUGAAUUAGAAACUAGGCUGGAAGAGAGGAGAAGAAUCAAAGAGAUUCUCAACUCUUUGGGAGAAGAUGAUUUGACUGAUUACAUAAAAGAUAGGUUAAAAGGAAAGAGGUAUCUUAUUGUUGUUGAUGAUAUUUGGAGAAACGAAGAUUGGGAUAUCAUAAAAAGGGUAUUCCCUCGUGGUGAAAAGGGAAGUAAAGUUGUUUUCACUACACGUAUCAAGCAAGUUGCAUCGUAUGCUGAUCCAAAUAAUUUCACCAUUGAACCUCCAUUUUUAACACUCGAAGAGAGUUGGUUGCUUCUACAGCGAAAAUCACUUGCAAGACAUGUUUCCAUUGGUGGAUCAUCUGGUGUCUGCACACCAAUAUCAUCUCAAUUUGAGCAUAUGGGAAAAAAGAUGGCUAUGAAAUGUGGGGGACUACCUCUUGCCAUCGUCAAGCUUGGAGGCCUUUUGAGAACGAAAAAGUUGUACGAUGAAUGGCAGAAAGUGGAGAAAGAGGUGAAUUUGCACUUGAAUAGAUAUGGAGUGAAAGAUACUUUGGCCUCGAGUUACCACGACUUGCCUUACUACUUGAAACCAUGCUUUCUUUAUUUGAGCAGCUUCCCAAAGGAUUUCGAGAUACCCAAAAGCAAGUUAAUUCAGCUGUGGAUCGCAGAAGGCCUGGUGACCGGAUCCGAAACAAAAAGAUGGACCAUGGAAGAGAUAGCCGAGCAAUAUUUUAGAGAGUUGAUUGAUAGGUGCAUGAUUCAAGUGGUGAAAUGGGAUUACACAGGGGUUGGUGUCAAAACAUGUCGUGUGCACUGUCUUAUGCGAGAUUUCUGUGUCUCCAAGGCUAGAGAAGACAAGUUCUCUGAGGUUAUCCAACAUCAUGAUCAUGAAAAGAAUAUCAUCAGCACAGCUAGUUCUUCUUCGACUUCGAGUAGUAGUGAUCCUCAUCCAACAAGCAGUCGCAGAGUUGUAAUCCAUAUUCCUGGCUGUGAUCUUGAUAGGAAGCAAAUGCAUCAAACUCUUCGUUCCCUUACCUGUUUCCAUGUAAGUCCUUUGUCUUUCUUGAAACUUAUAAGGAGCAAGAAUUUCAAAUUGUUGAGAGUUUUGGAAUUUGGGUUUAGAAAAGACACCGCCAUUACGCGUAACGAUUAUGUGCCUGUGGAAAUCGGUGACUUGAUUCACUUGAGGUACUUGGGAUUAAGAGAUGGUGGAAAAGUCAUAUUGCCUAGUUCCAUAGGCAACUUACGAAACUUGGGCACCAUCAAUCUUCGCGAUAACUACGAAGUUGUACUACCAGUGGAGAUUUUGAAGCUGUCGUGUUUGAAACAUAUGCUGUUACCUUUUGGUACGUGUUUUUCUGAUGACACCUUUAGUUGGGGUACUUAUGUUCUUUCCGACCCAAAAAAGAUUCAGACUCUCAAGUACAUAAAAUUUGGUCCGUUGCUUCUCAAAAACAAGAUUACAAUAUCUGAGCUGACGAAUCUUCGAAACUUAGGAGUAGAAUUCAAAACCAAUGAAGAGGUUAGAUUGUUCUUGGCGUUCCCAAACUUCAAGCUAAGCAUGCUCAAGUCUUUAAACAUGUCUCUCCACACCAUUAGUGGUGGCUUUUCAAAUCUGCAGCAACUUUCUAAAUGCGUUGCUCUCUCCAAACUUUUCUUGGACGGAAAGAUAUUAGACGAUCUCAGUCUUGAAAUUUUGCCAGAAAGUCUCACCAAACUGAUCUUGAAGGACUCUGGGCUUAGUACAGACCCCAUGCCAGUCUUGGAGAAGCUACCAAACUUAAGGUAUCUCCGGCUGCAUAACUCGUACAAUGGAUCUAGAAUGGUGUGUGGAGGUGAAGGAUUUCCUAGGCUGGAGACUCUCCAACUUAUUUCGCUCAGGAAUGUAAUGGUGUGGCGAGUAGAGCCAGAAACAACAAUGCCAAAUCUCCAAAGACUAUACGUUAGAGAUAUGCCUGAAUUGAGUAUGAUUCCAGAAGAGUUGUGCGUUAAAAAUCUCAGUGAACUAAAAGUCAGUGAAAUAGGAGGAGCGCAUUCGUGAAAUUUAUUGGCUAAACUUGAGCGGAAAACGGAUUGAGCUUGUUAAACCAUAAAUUAAUCUUCCUAUAAUAUUGUAUUACUUUGAUUAGUUACAGUGGUUAUAUGUAAAGGACAGGUGUCCAUUUUCCAUGUAUUGGUCCCCUCCUUAUUGGACCAUAUAUAUCUCUGUACUGUUUUGGUGAAUAUUCAAGGAAUACAAACAUUUUCUUUCA